UGCAGGUUACAUCUAUUCCCAAAAUCUCCCAAAGGCACCCCCACUAACACUUGCGAAUUAAGAGCGUGCGCGAACAUCGAGCUAAGAACGUCAGUCACCAAAAUAAAGAGUAAUGGCGACAAAGGGUCACCCUGCCUCCGCCUUCUAUGGUAUCUGAUGCAACCGUGUGGAGCUCCAUUCACAAGAAUCGAGGCACAGAACAAGCUCGUCCUUCUCUUGUUCAUCUUCAUCACCAUCUCUUCAUCUUUCUCCCAACCCUUUGACUACCCAACCGCCAACCUCUCCACCGUCUGGACCAACAACUGGUCCAUCUCCACCAACAUCUCCUACUCCGACGGCUCCUUCAUCCGAGUCAUCCUCUUGAUCGGCCGUCUCGGCCCUUCCUUCGCCUUCGGCUUCUACUGUUCCUCCUCUCCCUGCCUCUCCUUCAUCCUCUCCAUCUUCAUCGUCUACACCGACAGCGCUUCCAUCAUCCUCGAACCAACCCGUGCCUUUCCUCAAGUCCUAUGGUCACCCAACCGCUCCCGUCCCGUCCACGAAAACUCCACUCUCCGACUCACCUCCGACGGCAACCUCAUCCUCUCCGACUCCGACUCCACCAUUGUCUGGUCUACUAACACCUCCAGCCUUUCCGUCGCCAGACUUAAUCUCACCCACAACGGCAACCUUGUUCUUUAUUCCCGGAACAACGUUCCCGUCUGGCAAUCCUUCGAGCACCCAACUGAUACUCUCCUCGUUGGUCAGUCUCUGAUGGUUGGCCAGAGACUUACCUCCAACUCCUCCACCACCAACUCCACUGAUGGUCGAUUCUAUCUCACUGUUCUCUCUAACGGUUUAUAUGCUUACAUUGAUUCUAAUCCUCCUCAAAGGUAUUUCUCGUACGGGAUGUCAGGAACAAACAACAUCACGUACACCAAUGGUAGCCUAGUGUUCUCUACAGGCAAAGAACCCAUCUCGCUUCCACCACAAGUGGAAUCCAUGCAGUACAUGAGGUUUGAGUCUGAUGGACAUAUGAGAGUCUACACUUGGACAGAAGACUCUGGUUGGAUUUCACUUGGUGAUGUCUUCCCGGAAAUACAGAUUUCUACUUGUCAGUAUCCAACCGUGUGCGGUGCGUAUGGUAUUUGCUCGAGAGGCCAGUGCAGCUGCCCGGCAAAUGGAAGCACACCUUUCUUUGAACAGGUUGAUGGUCUUCAGCCCAGUCUUGGUUGCAGGCUCAGGACUAGUCUUUCUUGUCAAUCUAUUCAGGAUCAUGAGUUCUUGACUCUGAACAACGUUUCCUAUUUCAAUUAUUUCGACGAUAGCUUUUGUCAAUUCUUCCAUCAAUACUGAGCUGCCUGCAAACAAGCUUGUUUGGGGAAUUGUUCUUGUAAGGCUGCCUUUUUCCAGCAUGUUGCUGAUUUCUCAAAAGGUACUUGUUAUAUGUAUUCGCAACUCUUUUCUAUGUUGCGUAAUCAGCCAGAUGUUAGUCACUAUAAUUCCUCAGCUUAUAUCAAGGUUCAGGUAAAUCGGAAUACUACUGCUACUCCUCCAUCUUCAUCUCCAGGGAGGAAAUCAUCGAACCUUGGAGUGAUACUUGGAUCAAUGUUUGCAAGUUUGGCAGUAGUUGUUGUUGUUGUAAUGCUUGUUAUAUAUGUUGUUAUUAAGAGAAAGAGGAUGAGCUCUGAGUUGGAAGAAGGAGAUGAAUUUGAUCAAGUUCCGGGCAUGCCUACAAGGUUUUCAUUUGAAGAGUUGAGGAUUGCAACUGAGAAUUUCUCAAAAAAACUCGGUCAAGGAGGGUUUGGUUCUGUGUUUGAGGGAGAACUAGCAGAUGGUGUAAAGGUAGCAGUGAAACGAUUAGAUGAUGUUGGGCAAGGAAAGAAGGAAUUCUUGGCAGAGGUUCAAACAAUCGGUAGCAUUCAUCACAUCAAACUGGUGAGAUUGAUCGGCUUUUGCGCAGAGAAAACUUAUCGACUUCUUGUUUAUGAGUACAUGCCAAAUGGAUCAUUAGACAAAUGGAUUUUUCAUGCCAGUGAAGCUGAUGCUCUUGACUGGAACACAAGACAAAGGAUCAUUACUGAUAUAGCCAAGGGACUGUCAUAUCUUCAUGAAGAAUGUAGACAGAGGAUAGCACAUUUGGAUAUCAAGCCACAGAAUAUACUUUUAGAUGACAAAUUCAAUGCCAAGGUCUCUGAUUUUGGAUUGGCAAAGUUGAUUGAUAGAGAACAAAGCCAGGUGAUGACCAGAAUGAGAGGAACACCAGGUUACUUGGCUCCUGAAUGGUUGACUUCUAGAAUAACUGAGAAAGUAGAUAUAUAUAGUUUUGGUGUUGUUAUGAUGGAAAUAGUGUGUGGCAGAAAGAACCUGGAUAGUUCUCAAUCUGAGGAUAGCUUCCAUUUGAUAAGAAAGCUGCAGAAAUUCAUUGAAGAAAAUAGGAUUGAAGAUCUGGUUGAUGGUCAAUGCAGUGAUAUGCAAUUGCACCAGGAUGACGCUGUUGAGGUGAUAAGGCUUGCAAUGUGGUGCUUACAAAGGGAUAGCAGUAAAAGGCCUUCAAUGUCUGAAGUGGUGAAAGUUUUGGAAGGUUCAAUGAGUGUUGUGGAUCAGCAACUAGACUUUGAUUUCUUGUCUAUAGCUACACCUCUACCACAUGAUGCACAGCAGGGGAAUGCUUCUGUUGUAUUAGUUGAGUCUGUUUUGUCAGCCCCAAGAUGAAGUUAAAUUUCAUCAAAUUAG